AUGCUGGAAUCAGAUGAGGUAAAGAUUUCGUCUGAGAAGGUGGAGACAGUCACUCUCCGAGAGAUGAAAAAAGAAGAGUUAGAAGCUUUGGUUGAGUUUAUAUACAGUGAUGGCUCUGUGCUUUGUGCGAAAAUGAAGCAGCACGUUCUGUAUCUUGCAGCUGACAAAUACGUGAUUCUGCAUCUACGGGAUCUAUGCAGAACCGAGCUUAUAUCUUCUCUAAAUUCAGAAAAUGCUCUUGAUUUCCUUGAGCUCGCCCAAAUCCCUUUUGACACAGUCAUCAACGAUGUAGCCUUCAGUUUUAUCAUAACGAAUAUAAGUACGAUUGCUAGCUCUGAGAAGUUCAAGCUAUUCGUCGUUAAUAACCCAUAUCUUGCCGUGGAGAUCAUGAAGGCUUCUAUAUACUCAGAUGGGUCAAAUUAA